UUAAAGUUAAAGCAUGUAGAUUUUUUUCAGAGUAUAGACAUUGAUAAAGAAGAAAUCAAUUUAGAAAGCUUUGAAGAUACCACUAUUGAAUUAUUACCUAGUCGGAUUCCUAACGAUCAUGCUCGUUAUCAUGUAUUUAGAUUUCCACACAAUUAUGAAGGCGAUCAUAUCAUAAGUAUAGUGUUUGUUUAUUCCAUACCCGGAUAUAAUUGUCCAGUUAAAGAAAGGAUGCUAUAUUCAAGUUGUAAGAGUCAAUUAAUUGAGAUUAUUGAAGGCAAGAUUGGGAUUGAAAUUGCAAAAAGGAUUGAAAUUGAUGAUGCAUCUGAACUGACCAAAGAAUUUCUAAUAGAUGAAAUCCAUCCAAAGAAGAAUAUAUUUCGUCAAAAAUUUGCAAAGCCAAAGGGUCCUAGCAAUCGAGGAGCAAGGCGUCUCAUAUGUACGCAAACAGAAAAUGAACAGACGUGAAGAUAAAUGGUUGAUGCAAUAAAAAAAUAUUUGAUAACAC